GAGGCGCGCACGCAGCAGGCAGAACACCCAUAAGGGUGCCCUUUUUUUCCCAUGUCCAGUGCGAAGAAGGGAGGGAAGAAGGAUGCUGGAGGGAAGAAGGAUGCCAUUGUGCGGGCUGCUCGCGAACGGCUCGAGAUGCAGCAGAAGCUCGCAGAGGAGAAGCGGGCGUUCGAGGAGGCAGAGAGGAAGCGGAUCGAGGAGGAGCAGCGCCUCAUUGACGAGGAGGAGGCGAAAAAAGAAGCGGAGCGCCAGAGAAGACGUGAGCACAAGGCAGCGAAGAUCGCCAAGCAGAAGGCGGAUGGCACCUACCUGACGAAGUCCGAGAAGGUGCGGGCCCAGCGAGCGGCGCAGCUCCGCGCGCAAUUCGGCUUUACCAUGGAAAAGGAUGAGGACGAGGAGGAGGAGAAGGCCCCGGAGGCGAAGGUGCAGAAGAGGCCCAUGGCCACCAAGUUGAAGAAGAAGAAGCCACAGCCCGGGGACAAAGAGCCAGAGCCGUCGGUGCCGGAAGAGGAGAAACCUGAGAAGCCAGAGGCUGAGGAGAAGCCAAAGGAAAAGCCGGAGGAGAAGCCAGCGGCGGAGGAAGACGACGAUGAUGACUGGGAGAAGCAAGCGGAAGACGAGUCAAAACCCAAGGCGGAGGAGGCAGAGGGUUCCGAUGAGGGUGAGGGCUCUGACAAUGAAAGCGGCAGCAGCAGUAGCAGCAGCAGUUCAUCUUCCUCGUUCAUGGGCUAUCGUUCCCCAGUGAUUUGCAUUAUGGGGCAUGUCGACACUGGCAAGACGAAGUUGUUGGACAAGAUCAGGCGAACCAAUGUUCAAGAAGGAGAAGCAGGAGGUAUCACGCAGCAAAUCGGCGCGACCUUUUUCCCAGACAUCGCACUGCAAGAGCAGACGCGGAAAGUGGACGAAGAUUUUGACUUGGAGGUUCCGGGCGUGCUGAUCAUCGACACGCCUGGGCACGAAUCCUUCAACAACUUGCGCAUGCGCGGCUCCUCUUUGGCUGACCUGGCGAUCUUGGUGAUUGACAUUAUGCAUGGGCUGGAACCACAGACUGUCGAAUCCCUGGAGCUCUUGAAGAAGAGGCGCUGCCCUUUCAUCAUCGCCUUGAAUAAGAUUGACAUUCUGUACCAGUGGAAUGCAAAACAGUACACCAGCGUCCAAGAGGCUUUGUCCAGACAGCAGCAGUCUGUUCGGGAUGAGUUUCAGACUCGGUACAAUAACGUGGUUCUGCAGCUGAAUGAGCGCGGGCUCAACUGCAACCUGUACUGGGAGAAUGAUGAUUAUCGAUCGUCAGUAUCCAUCGUGCCCACCAGCGCUCUUACUGGAGAAGGGGUGCCGGACCUCCUCUACAUGAUCUUGAAGUUGACUCAAGACCUGAUGGGGGAUAAGCUGGAGGUCAGGGAGAAGCUGGAAUGCACCGUCAUCGAGGUGAAAAACAUUGAGGGCCUGGGGACCACUAUCGACGUGGUGCUUCUCAAUGGGACUCUCAAGGAAGGCGACACCAUCGUUCUGGCUGGCUUGGGUGGCCCGAUUGUCACAACGAUUCGGGCGCUACUCACUCCGCAGCCCAUGAAGGAGAUGCGGGUAAAGAAUGAGUACGUUCACCAUGCUCAGAUCAGCACUUCCAUGGGUGUCAAGAUCUCAGCCCCCGGGCUGGACGACGCAGUUGCCGGUACAGAACUGCUCGUGGUUGGUCCGGAUGAUGAUCUUGACGAGCUCAAGGAGGAGGUGAGUGAAGGCUUCGAGAGCAUUCUCAAUGACUUUGAGAAGGAGCCAGCUGGGGUGUACGUGAAGGCAAGCACCCUGGGCUCUCUGGAGGCCCUGCUCUCCUUCCUUCAGGACAUGAAGAUUCCAGUCUUCGACGUGGGUAUUGGCGAGGUCCAUAAGAAGGAUGUGAAGAAGGCAUGCAUUAUGAAGGAGAAGAAAAACCCCGAGUACGCACUGAUCCUGGCUUUUGACGUGAAGGUCAAUCAAGAGGCCCAGAAGCAAGCAGACACCGACGGGGUGACCAUCUUCACUGCUGACAUCAUCUACCACCUGCAAGACAAGUUUACCAAGUAUAUGGAGAAAUACCGGGAGUCGCAGAAGACUGAGACAAGGAAGGUGGCGGUGUUCCCAGCAAUCCUGCAGAUCGACAAGAACCACAUCUUUCGAAAGCAAGAUCCUAUCAUCGUUGGGUGUCAGGUCUUGGCUGGGCAGUUGCGGGCGGGGACUCCUUUGUGCGUUCCGGACAAGGACAAUUUGAUCAUCGGCCACGUGGCGGGCAUCGAGAUCAAUAAGAAGGCGGUGCCCAAGGCUCGCCGAGGGGAUACCGUUUGCGUGAAGAUCGAGCAGACCACCGCCCAGAACCAUAUCAUGUAUGGUCGUCACUUUGACCACACCAGCCAGCUCUAUUCGGCCAUCACCCGACAGAGCAUUGACACAUUGAAGGAGCAUUUCAAAGAUGAGAUGAUCAAGGAAGACUGGGAAGUAGUCAUUGGCAUGAAGAAGCUUUUUGGCAUCCAAUGAAGGGCAGGCUCAUUGGCAUUCUUACAUUUUCUGGGCCAGCGACGCACUGCUCGCUGCAUUAAAAAGUGUUCUCGCAGUGACGGCCAGGGGAACUGCAAACAUGAACUGGCUGCUGAGCCAGGCAAAACUCGUCUCAAUUCAGCCGUGGACACAGCGGCCAGGAACGACUGGGAACAAUAGCAAAUUGGCCCCGCUCACUGCGCAUUUCGCACCCAUCAUGUCGACACUGCGACUCCCUUUCAGCGAAUCUGCUGUUUCGCGGCUGCGAGCAAGGCCUGCAGCCUUUUUUGCAGAGGCUCGCUGCAGUUUACCGGGCAGUAAGACCUGCAUUGUACAGCUGCAGGGUGGUCCAAGCGGUUGACAGGGCGUAUC